AUGAAUGUUCAAGGGGUUCUCCUACUUGUGUUGGGGUUGUGGUCUCACGCUAGUCACCAAGCGAUUCAGCCCAUUUCAGAUCUUCAACACGAUUCCAGUGCCGAAGAAGACUACGUGCAGCACAGAUUCAAGCGGAAAGCUUUUGAACCGUACAAAACUGGAAAAGAGUUGGCCCGAGAGAUGACCCAGACUUUGGACGAGCUUUUGGGUCCAAGAUAUGACAAGAGGGUUCGUCCGGGCUUUGGCAAGAAAAAGCUCCACAUCGUUUUGAAUAUGUCCAUCAGAUCCAUGGGCCCUGUGGAUGAAAACACACAAUCGUUUUUCUUAGAUUGCUAUUUCCGUCAAACUUGGAAGGACGACCGAUUGGCCUUCAACAACUCUGGGAUCAGCGAGUUGUCGCUUGAUUGGAAAAUCUUGAAGAUGAUCUGGAAACCGGACACGUUCUUCAUCAACGGCAAAAAGUCCAAAAUGCAUAAGAUGACCGUUCCCAACAGGUUUUCCAGGAUUUCGCCGGAUGGAAGUGUGAGCUUCUCUCAACGGCUCACAAUUCACGCCACAUGCAAGAUGGGAUUGAAAAAGUUUCCGUUUGAUUCUCAAAUCUGUCCCUUGUACAUUGGAAGUUACGGAUAUCCAGCAGAAGAAGUGACAUAUUCUUGGAAACCUCAGCCAAUAUCUUUGGAAGAAGUUAGCAUGGCUCAAUUUUCGUUGGUGGGCUGGGAUUACGGCACAUCAACCAACCGAACCAACCGGAAGAUUGAGAGUGGAUUCCGGACCGAUUCCAUCGCUUUCCUCUUGUUCUCCUUUGAGCGACAAUCUGGUUACUUCAUCCUGCAAAUCUACACGCCAUUGUUGCUCAUUGUCUUCUGUUCUUGGGUCGCCUUUUGGAUUAUCAAGACCGAUGUACCUGCUAGAUGUGGUUUGGGAGUCACCACGGUCUUAUCCGUUACGAAGAUUGGUUUCGCUCCAAAGGGUAAGCCAGAGGUGCCGUAUGCAACUGCAUUGGACGUAUUCGUCAUGGUUUGCUUCAUUUGUGUGUUCGCCUCAUUGAUUGAAUUUGCGGUUAUCAACUUCAUUACCCUCUACAUUCGAAGAUACAAAGAGGCUGAGGAAAGAGCCAAAGAGUUGAAGGAAAAGAAAAGCAAAGAAUUCGGCGCCUUGGAAAAACAACUUCUAGAGGAAUAUCGCAAAUCACGAGCUAGAAGAAGGUCGUAUUGUCCGAUUUGCGACGGCCCGUUUGGUCAACCCCCGUUAGCGGAUAAAGAAAAUGGCCAGGGUGGCGGAUCUGAGGAAGAUAAACAUUCCGAGCAUGAUGACGAUAAUGGUACUGAGAAACAGGACGCAGUACCAAUUCCAACCCGAGUGAGUACCCCUUCCACCAAUGAGGAUCGAAGGAGAAGGAAGAAGAAGAAAGAUCUUCCACCUUGGCUACAACGACUCCAAGACAGGAUGAAAGUUCCAAGGAUAUUCGUCAAACUUGAGCACGCUGCCCUUUUGGGAGUAACCAGGCUAAUUUCAUUCCUCACAAUGAAGCCCAUUCAUCAAAUGAUGAUUUAUCAUAGCACUGAAGAAGCCCUUGAAUGGAUUGAUGCCAAAUCUAGAAUAUUUUUCCCCACUGUAUUUGGCUUCUUAAUGCUGGUCUAUUGGUCGACUUACCUGUACAUCAUGGAUGAUAAAAAGUUCUUUUAAAGAACGUCAAGAAUA